AGUGAAGAAGGGGGAAAGGAGUGAGGAGGAAGGAAGCUUCGUUAGACAGUCAGAUGUGCAUUGUGAGUAGCUGGCUGGUUAUCAACCUCUGUUUUCUGGUGUUUUUCCAGAGGAGGACAAGUUGGAAGAAAAAAGAAGAACCUGUGAGGAACACACUCCCAGAAUGGAUAACAGAGCUCUUCAGGCCGAGCCUUCACUGGCGUGGACCUCCACACUGUCGCUACUGGUCUCCAUCCAGCACGCCCUGGGCCGCGCACGUCAAUGAGCUCUAGCGUGGACGAGCAACCAUGCUUCCCGGGUAUGGACUCUCCCCUUUUCCGGAUUUCCAGCCACACCGUCACGCUCUGCACUACGGAGGAGACAGUCCCAGCAUGUGGAUGCCCGGCCCGGGCGAGUCUGUGGUGGUGAACUCCGAGGCCCAGGACGACGCACCCCUCCUGCCCUCGUGUCACCACCAGCAUGUCGCCGUGUGUCAGCAGGAGACUUUGGCCUUCAUCGAGCUCCGGCUGCCGGAAACCGCUGAACUGAACGGACACGUCUCUCCAAGGACGGAUGUUGUGGACGGACCAUGCACUACGUAUGCCUCACCCAGUUUUAGACGCUCACAAAGUGAACUGUUUGACUUGCCGAAAAGCUGCGGUGGGAUGACCGAUGAGGACGAAACGCUGUUGACUUCGAUCGUGGAUGAAUUAGAAAGCCAAAGCGGUCUUAGGACUUUGUUACAUGAGCAGACUGAAGGACCACAAAGUGUGACUGCAGUGUACCGUCCUCGCCAAACAUCUCUCAGUCUCCCUUUGGCCUUCCCGCUGUCCUCCCUCUACACAAACAGAGACUCCUGGGACUCUCAAAUACUUUGCUCCCCAUCCCCGCAUGAGGGUCCGAACUUUCAGAGCCUGGAAUCCUACCAGCUGCAGAGGAGAACAUCUCAGGGUUCGCUCAAAGAGAAGUCCAUCCGCCGUAAGAUGCAGGUUUAUUCUCCAGACAGCCUCAGUGACGAGUCUCUCAGCAGCCCCGUUUUGGAUGCGGACUUCAUUUUCCCCGGACCCUUCGCUUCUUUCCUGGAGGAGAACCUCAGUAGACAAUCCUCACAAGACGCCAACACAAGUCCUUCAUCUCCGGACGCUUCAGGUCCAGACCUGCAGAACCUGACUCAAGAUGAUAUCUUAGAUCCACCCUCAGAACCGCUGCAGAUGUUAGAGGACUCGGUGUCUGGUGUGGACGAAGACAGUCCGGACCCAUGCGUCUCGACCGGGGUCAGCUUUGUCCCACGCAAGGGAGACCAUGAGAGACGGCGCUUCUCAGCCUCGGAGCUGAUCUCCAGACUCCAGCUGUCGCAAAAGAAAAACUCCUUCACCUUGAAGCUGGGAAAGUCCCUGUCGGCCCGUGUCAGCUCCAGGGACCGACAAAGUUCUAGCAGUUUGGCCGCAGACAAUAAGUCUGUCUCAAAGCACCGCAGCUCCGGCUCCAGUGAUAGCGCCCCCCACAGUCCUGUAGGACUUGCACCGCCGCUGCCCAGCAGUGACAAUGGAAUAUCUACGCAUUGGUGGAGCAACAAACUUGGAAUGCGAAAGAAGUCUGUGGAAGAGGAUUCGUGCACACCUCCUCCAGUUGCCUCUUCCAACCGCUUAUCCAGGUUCUUGCCAAGCUCCAUCUUGUACCAAGAGUAUAGUGACGUCGCCAUCAACAGAGAGAUUCAAAGGCAACAGGGCAAGGAACUUGGCCCAGAGGAGGAGGGUCUGAAGGACGAAGGUUCCGAUGGAACGCCGUCUCCAUCAAAUCUGUCUCCAUCCAGCUCCUUUCGUUCCUCGAGAGGUUCCGCCUUCGCCCUGUGGCAAGACAUCCCGGAUGUCCGAACGAGUGGCCAGCUGGACUACUUCAGCAACGAGGAGAGGAAGUUGCAAGAGGCCAAGUUUGAGCUGGUGACGUCCGAGGCCUCGUACAUCCGAAGCCUGACGAUCGCCGUGGAUCACUUCAUGCUCUCACAGGAGCUCUCGGAAUGUCUCGGGGCUCAGGAUAAGCAGUGGCUCUUCUCCAAGCUACCUGAAGUCAAAUAUGUCAGCGAGAGGUUCCUUCAGGACUUGGAGCACAGGCUGGAGGAAGACAUCCUGCGUUUUGACGUGUGCGACAUCGUCUUGGAUCACUGCCCGACUCUACGCAGGGUCUACUUACCUUACGUGACCAACCAGGCUUACCAGGAGCAGACCUAUCAACGUCUACUGCAGGAGAAUGCUCGCUUCCCUUCCAUCCUGGCUCGUCUGGAGGAGGACGGCGUGUGCCAAAGACUGCCUCUCUCCUCCUUCCUCAUUCUGCCAUUCCAGAGAAUCACACGUCUUAAAAUGCUGGUGGAGAACAUCUUAAAGAGGACCAGGCCAGGUUCUCGAGACGAGGACACAGCCACGAAGGCUUUCAACGAGCUGAAAAAGAUGAUUAAAGAGUGUAACUGCAGUGUUCAGUCCAUGAAGAGGAUGGAAGAACUCAUCCAUCUCAAUAAGAAGAUCCACUUUGAGGGCAAGAUAUUUCCGCUCAUCUCUCAGUCUCGCUGGCUGGUGAAGCAUGGUGAGCUCCUGGAGGUGGACACCCAGACCAUGACUAUCUCGGGGUCCAAGCUCAAGCUGCCCACCAAGCCAGUCUAUCUUCAUCUAUUUAAUGACUGCCUGCUGCUGUCCAGGAGGAAAGACACAUGGAAGUUCGUGGUGUUCGUCCAUGCCAAGAUCGGCGAACUGAAAGUGAAAGAUCUGAGUCGGAAGCUUCAAGGCAUCUCAGGCUUCAUCUUCCAUCUUCAGCUGUGUGAAUCCCAGCAGCUCAAACACCAGAUCCUGCUCAAGUCCCACACGGAGAGCGGGAAGCAGCGAUGGAUCACGGCCAUGUUUCCCUCGGACCCCGUGGAGGACAUGGAGCACGCCAGCGAGAAUGAUGACAUUGCGCAGGUGCAGUGCAUCAGGAGCUACCAGGCGCAGGAACACGACGAGCUGACGCUGGAGAAGGCCGACAUUCUUCAUGCCAAAACCAUCACAAGUGACGGCUGGGUGGAAGGCAUCAGGCUGUCUGACGGGGAACGGGGCUGGUUCCCUAAAUCCUACGUGGAGGAGAUCACCAAUCGCAGCGCUCGCCUCCGCAACCUCCGGGAAAACAUCCGCAUCAAAUGUGUCACACGGAAGCUGGAAGGCGAGGACGAGUGAAGGAAACACUAAAGCCUUUUCCACGUCGGACUAACACGAUGAAGCUCUUAAAACUACUGCCGGUUGUCACCUGUCGUGCGCCACAUGACUCAGGGAGGUUGCUGGUUGAAGGCCGACAUGAAACAGUGCUGUUGACGCUGCUUCUAAAUAUGCAGAGAAAAUAAGAUAAUAAGACGUCUAACAUUGGGCUGCAGCAUAAAAAGAAUGUGCUAGAAUUGUGUUUUUGAAGUGAGACCGUACAGUUGCUGCAGCGCCGCCUGCUGGCUGUGGUUGGUCACUGCUGCACUCCGCCGCCAACGCUCGUGUCUGCACCUUUAUCCUGAUCUGCACCAAAAUGAGCUGAUUGAUAAUCAUUGACAAAGUUUUGUGAUGGUUUGGUUGUGCACUUUUUUUGCCCCAUCUACCUUAAAAACAAACAGUUUAGUCCUCAUGGCGACUAUCUGGUACUCCAAGGGAAUUGCAAUGGAAAUAAAUGAGUUGGUGCUAGAAAUGUCAUAAAAAACAAAAUAACAAAUGAAAUCCGUGGCAACACUUAUCAUUAGUGAAGUGAAUUAUAUUUAUAUAGCGCUUUUUCUCUAGAGACUUAAAGCGCUUUAGAUAGUGAAACCCAAUAUCUAAGUUACAUUUAAACCAGUGUGGGUGGCACUGGGAGCAGGUGGGUAAAGUGUCUUGCCCAAGGACACAACGGCAGUGACUAGGAUGGCGGAAGCGAGGAUCGAACCUGCAACCCUCAAGUUGCUGGCACGGCCGCUCUACCAACCGAGUUAUACAGACUCAGAUCUUUCACUUUCAGGUCUUUAUAUGAAUGUGUUUAUUAGAAACAAUACAACAACGCAGUAAAUGUUUUUGAAUGUAGAUAUUCAAAUAUGUACUUAAAAGGUUUAAUUUACAAAAAAAACUCUGCAGCAUCGUGUGGACAUUUAGGGGCAGACUAGUACCUCUGGAUUGGCAGACCGGUGUUUUGGUUCCUCUCUUUAAGAAGAAGAACCGGAGGGUGUGUUCUAACUAUCGUGGGAUCACACUCCUCAGCCUUCCCGGUAAGGUUUAUUUAGGUCAGGGGUCUCAAAUGCGCAGCCCGCAAAACGUUAUUUUGCGGCCCGCACCUUAAAGGCCUACUGAAAUGAGAUUUUCUUAUUCAAACGGGGAUAGCAGGUCCAUUCUAUGUGUCAUACUUGAUCAUUUCGUGAUAUUGCCGUAUUUUUGCUGAAAGGAUUUAAUAGAGAAAAUCGACGAUAAAGUUCGCCCGUUUUGGUACUUCCUGAAAAAGCCUCGCCUUUACCGGAAGUCGCAGACGAUGACGUCACAUGUUUGAUGGCUCCUCACAUAUUCACAUUGAUUUUAAUGUGAGCCUCCAACAAAAAGAGCUAUUCGGACCGAGAAAACGACAAUUUCCCCAUUAAUUUGAGCGAGGAUGAAAGAUUCGUGUUUGAGGAUAUUGAUAGCGACGGACUAGAAAAAGAAAAAAAAAUGUAUUCCGAUGAUUUUAAACACAUUUACUAGGAUAAUUCUGGGAAAUCCCUUAUCUUUCUAUUGUGUUGGUAGUGUUUUAGUGAGUUUAAUAGUACCUGAUAGUUGGAAGGGCGUGUCCACGGCCGGGUGUUGACGCGCAGUGUCUCAGGGCAGUCGAGGGCAGCUAUGGACGGCACAAGCUCAGCUUUUUUCCGGUAAAAACUGACUUAUUAACCACAAAUUUCUCACCAAAACCUUGGUCUGGAUCCAUGUCUGCUUGACCGCGCUCUGAUCCAUAGGAAAUUUUAACCUCCGGGAAUUUUAAACAAGGAAUCACAGUGUGUUUGUGUGGCUAAAGGCUAAAGCUUCCCAACUCCAUCUUUCUACUUUGACUUCUCCAAUAUUAAUUGAGCAAAUUACAACAGAUUCAGCAACACAGAUGUCCAAAAUACUGUGUAAUUAUGCCGUUAAAGCAGACGACUUUUAGCUGUGUGUGUGUGUAGCGCUCAUACUUCCUAAAAACCCGUGACGUCUUGCGUACACGUCAUCAUUACACGACGUUUCUAAGACGAAACUCCCGGGAAAUUCAAAAUUGUAAUUUAGUAAACUAAAAAGGCCGUAUUGGCAUGUGUUGCAAUGUUAAUAUUUCAUCAUUAAUAUAUAAACUAUCAGACUGCGUGGUGGGUAGUAGUGGAUUUCAGUAGGCCUUUAGUAUGAAAAUUUAAUGUUGGUGCGGCCCGCGAGUUUUAUGUGAAUUGCGCUUUACAGCGUCAUGCAUUCUCGAUUUUUCCGCCGCACGGAUCCGCCAGUCGAUAUCACGAUCCACUCUUCCCUCACUCCUGAACAAGACUCCUAGGUACUUGAACUCCUCCAGUUGGGGAAAGAUCUCCUCCCCAACUCGGAGAUGGCACUCCACCUAUUUCCGGGCGAGAACCAUGGACUCGGACUUGGAAGUGCUCAUUCUCAUCCCAGUCGCUUCACACUUUGCUGCGAAACUAUCCAGUGAGACCUGAAGAUUCCGGCCAGAUGAAGCCAUCAGGACCACAUCAUCUGCAAAAAGCAGAGACCUAAUCCCGUGACCACCAAACCGGAACCAAAUUCUGUCCACGAAAGUUAUGAACAGAAUCAGGGACAAAGGGCAGCAUUGGCGGAGUCCAAACCUCACUGGAAACGUGUCCGUCUUACAGCCGGCGAUGCGGCCCAAGCUCUGAUACUGAUAAAUGACGAUUUAAUAUUUUUAUCCCUUCUUUGCUUUUUCUUCUUCUUGUAAAUUAAUUUAUUCCCAUUGAGCUGUCUUGUUGUCUCUCCAAGAAGAUGCUGAUGUAACGUCUACACUGUAGUUAAUGCAUCAUCUGUUAUUUAUGUGAACAAUUAGAGUCAGAAUAUUUGCAUACAGUACACCGGGUGUUCAUAUGUCUUCAAACCAGGGCUGCAGUGCAUACAGAAAUUGUUUUAAUACAUUUUGUACCAGUUCAAACCAAGCUAAAAGGUUAAUAUAUGCUAACAUUUGCGAGAAGAAAAUUAAUAUUGCACCCAAAACAUCUCAUUAAUAAUGAAAUGUAAUUUAUCUUUCAAAUAUGCUUAUGAAAAAAAUGGCCCCGGGUUGCACUUUGGACACCCCUGAAGUACUUUUUUUUUUUUUUCUUCAUUACGCUGAUGAGUUCAAAUGCUGUAAAGGACUUCAUGUCUGCACACUACUGUAAACAUUGCAACAAUAAAAUAAUAAAUAGAGAUAUAUUCUAA